GUUUCGAAAACUGACUUCUGUCUGCUCGCCUGCUGCUCGUCUGCUCUCACGUCGCUGACAAGUUAGUUUGUCCGAAACUCCCUUCUUCAGCCAACUUGUCAGCAAGCAGCAGCCAUGGCCGCCAUUGCUCAGAAGUCCGUCUUCCUCGCAGCACCUGCUCUCUCCUCCUUGGAGCAGGCUCGCGCCGUCUCCACCACUGUGUCGCUCCCAGCAUUCCAGGCCAAGCAGCAGCGCCGCUCGCUCGUCGCCACCGCAGCGCUGACCGCGCGCGACCUGCAGACCAAGUCGUUGGAGCAGCUGCGCGCCAUUGCCCGCCAAAAGGGCAUCGUCGGCAACAGCAAGGGCCAACUCAUCGCCGCUCUCACCGGCAAUGCUGUCGCAGCCAAGCCUGCGUCGUACGGCGGCGCCGCCCCCGCUGCCGCCGUGUCGGGCGACGAGGCGGUGCUUCAGGGCAAGUCUCUGGGCGAGCUGCGCGCGCUCGCCGCCGCCAAGGGCCUCCGCGGCGACACCAAGGCGGAGAUCAUCAAGCUGCUCCUGAGCGCCGGCGGCCUCGCCCCUACCCCGAGCCCCACCCCAAUCUCCAUCUCCGCGGAGGCGCGCACCCCCGUGGUCCCCGCGGCGGCGUCCGUUUCCGACUACCAGCGCCGCCUGCAGGUCAAGCCCAUGAGCAAGCUGCGCGCCGUUGCGCGCAUGCGCGGAGUCGUGGGGAACACGCGCGCGGAGCUGGUCGCGGGGCUGCUGGCGUUCCACUCUAAGUCGGGCGCAGCGGGCGCGCAGGCCGCCGCGCAGGACAAGCCCGAGAUCGUGGGGCAGCUCGAGAGCCUCGCGCUGAGCGAGCUGCGCGCGCUCGCCAAGGCGCGCGGAGUGCGCGGAGACACGCGCAAGGAGCUGAUCAAGCUGCUGACCGGCACUGAUGCGCCCAAGGCCGCUGCUCCCGCCGCCGUCUCAUACACCAACGGCAGCGCCGUUGCUUCCUCGUCGUACUCGUCGCCCUCGUACUCCGCGCCCGCGUCUUACUCCGCAUCCACCCGCCCCAACGCGCGCGACCUCGCCACCAAGUCGCUGGCGCAGCUGCGCGCCAUUGCCGCCCAACGGGGAAUCCGCGGAAACACGAAGCAGGAGCUGGUGAAGGCUCUGACCUCGUAAAGAAGAUAAUUCUGAAAGGGGGUGAUUUUGAUCUCUGGGGGAUGCUUAUGUUACUUGUAUGCAUUUUAGGCCGCCACGAAUUUGUCUCCUUUUUUGGGCGCUAGAGCCUUCAAGAGUUAAAUACGAAAAUUUUCCAACUGC